UCCAACUUCCAACUCCAAGUCAAAACCAAAACUUCCAUUUAUCAGUUCAGGCUUCGGCUCUCAAGUUUCUCGUCGAUCUCCCUGCUUGUAUCAAACCCAGAAAUUUCAGUCCUUGAACCACCUCUCAGUUGUUCGUUCUCAUCACAAAAGUUUCUGGAAGAUGCGGAAGUCAGUGGGGAUUGUUGUGAUUUCCUCUCUCUUCCUGCUCUCGAUUUUCAGUGUCUCACUACCAGCGUUUGGAAACAGCUUCACCUCUAAAUUCGAUUUCUUAAUUCCCAAAUUCUCGUUGUAUUUUCACCGCGUAAAUGGUCAGUCGCAAAUAGUUGGACCAAGAGAAUUAGCUAGAAUACGUUCGAAUCUAACUUCAGUAACUAGAAGUUUGAGAAUGGGAAAAGAGAAUUACGUAGACUUGCUAGAGGAGUUUACAUUUCCUGCCAAUUCUGUUCCUUUCAACAACUGCCAUGCUUCUACAAUUGUGGAGGUUGAUAAAGAUCAUUACCUGUUGGCAUUUUUCGGGGGUACACUAGAGGGGGCACCCGACGUCAAGAUUUGGUUGCAGGUGUAUAAGAAUGGCUCCUGGCACUCGCCAGUUGUGGCUGAUGAGGAGCCCGAUGUUCCAAUGUGGAAUCCAGUCUUGUUCAAACUUCCAUCAGAUGAGCUGCUUCUGUUUUAUAAAGUGGGCCCCGAUGUUCAAAGAUGGAGUGGAUGCAUGAAACGGUCAUACGACAAAGGCGUUACUUGGACAACAAGAGAACAGCUUCCUCCUGGUAUCUUAGGACCAAUAAAGAAUAAGCCAAUCCUGCUUGAAAAUGGGGUUUUGCUCUGUGGAUCCUCGGUUGAAAGUUGGAACUCUUGGGGCGCAUGGAUGGAGGUCACAUCUGAUUCAGGUAGAUCCUGGAGAAAGUUUGGCCCAAUAUACAUGGAAAAUCUAUCUCUCAGUGUCAUUCAACCAGUUCCUUACCAGACUGCAAAUGGAAACCUGCGCGUUUUACUUCGAUCCUUCACAGGUAUCGGUAGUAUUUGCAUGUCAGAAUCCGUUGAUGGUGGUCAUAACUGGAGCUAUGCGAAGCCUACAAAUCUUCCGAAUCCAAACUCAGGCAUUGAUGGGGUCAAACUUAGGGAUGGUCGUUUGUUACUUGUUUAUAACACAGUGUCGAGAGGUGUUCUUAAGGUUGGUCUGUCCAUGGAUGAUGGUGACUCAUGGCUAGAUGUUAUGACCUUGGAGGAUGAGUCAGGAAAGGAAUUCUCAUAUCCAGCAGUCAUUGAGGCCAGUGAUGGUUCAGUUCACAUCACAUACACAUACAAUAGGAAGCAAAUAAAGCAUGUUGUCUUUAAACUGAAAAUGCACGGGAAACAUUGACGACGGUGUCGAUAACUACAGGAGCUGUCUAUCUAUUCAUAAGCCAAUGGGGAAGCUGUGAAGAGCUCACGAGGAAGGCCAAUAACGUGCAGCAUUAUCCGAAACUCUCAAAUCUUGGAAUAAAAUGCUGAGCUUUGGCGCAUAAUUUGUGCAUUGGAGUAAGAAAAUAUGAUUGCUUUCUGUGGUGUAUUCAUCAAGACGACUCGAAUUGAGCCUAGGCAGAACUCUUGGAUGUGUAUGUAUCAAUCAGUAAAGACAUGUUUGAAUCGAAGAUAAAAAUAAAAAUCUGGCGUGUCCAUAAUAUUUACAUA